GCUUCCCCCAAGACGAGAGCCACGCCAUCGCUACCCGCCUGCAGCUCGGUGCUGUCGCGGAGGCCUCGCAAGGUCCGGGAGAAGGCAGAGCCCCGCGCCCUGACGCCGCCGAGCCCGUCAUCUCCGUGCCGCUGCGAGACUCAUCGCUUCUCGACACGAGGAUCCCGGACAGGGCGCGCCUGACGCCCGAGAACGGGUGGUCACAGAAUCAGCCGAGUUGAAAAGGACCUCUGAGACCAUUAAGCUCAACCCCUGAUCCACUACUGCCACGGUUCCCAGACCAUGGCACUGAGUGUCACAUUCAGUCUCCUAAAAACCUUCAGGAACGCACCCCUCCUGAGCCCAGACCGUGCCAGGCUCUCCCUCUGCCGUGCAUGAGCCUCCCUGGGUCCGGAGCUCCCCGAGGCUGGCAAAGGGCUCAGUGCCCCGGGAACGAGGCUCCCCCAGCCCCUAGGUGAGCCAGAAAGAGCCCCAGCACAGCAACCUGCAAAACCCUCUCUGUUCCCCAGGUACCAAGCUGAAGGUGAUGCUGACUGUCAAGCCCAGCAGAGGGGCUGCCUUAGAGGGGCAGUCUCAGUGUUCAACCUUAGUCCACUGUAGCUGCUGUGAAGGUUAGAGGUUGCAGGCACCCCUCACAGAGGCUCUCUACGUACAUUCCUACUGUGAUUUCUCACUUCUGAUUGUGGCCUCCGGGAAAAGUGGCUUCCCCCAGGUGCUUUGCCCGGGGGACAGGGUCUGGGCACGCUCUGCCCCCCUGGCACCUCCUCUCCGCUCCCAGCAUCCAGCGGGCGGAGCCGGUCCGCCCUCCCCAAGCUUUUGGCGGCAGCGGAGCGAGAGGGGAGGCUCGCAUCUCAUCGGCACAAGUGGAACCCAGCCGAGUCUUACCGGGAGGAGCGGAGUUGGACGGGACUGCACGGAGCGAACCGAACUCCUCUGUGAAGGGAGCGGAGUUGGACGGGACUGCACGAAGCGAACCAAACUCCUCUGGUGAGUCGUGGCGGGUGCCACUGCCCUGCUGGGCGGGGCCUGGCACAGUCGGUACCGUGCUUGCAUUAUCCGCUGCCCGCACGUGGGGCUGGUGCCCUGUCUCUGUCUCUGUCACGAUGUCUCCAGGCUUCAUGGUGGGAUGGAGCGUGGCUGGCAGCUCCCCGGGGCUAGAGAUGCCCCUGUGGGGGCUGGCGUGAGAGUCCCAAGCAGGGGCUGACAACUCCCAGCAGCUCAUACGGGAUUUUGAGCAGUUGAGCACCACCCACAAGAGGACAAAAUGUUUGGGGGAAAAAUUACCGGCAUUGGGAAGAAGUUGAUCCGCCGACGCAUGGUGGAUCUGAGCUCUGAGGACACACGUUUUGCUCGCUGCCUCUCCACACUGGACCUCAUAGCUCUGGGUGUGGGCAGCACACUUGGGGCUGGCGUGUAUGUGCUCGCUGGAGAGGUGGCCAAGGAGAUGGCUGGUCCCUCCAUUGUGCUCUGUUUCCUGGUGGCUGCUCUAUCAUCAGUACUGGCCGGACUCUGUUAUGCAGAGUUUGGGGCUCGCGUCCCCAAGACUGGUUCUGCCUAUCUCUACAGCUAUGUCACUGUUGGUGAGAUCUGGGCUUUCAUAACCGGCUGGAACCUCAUCCUCUCCUACGUGAUAGGCACAGCCAGUGUGGCUCGAGCCUGGAGUGCAGCAUUCGACAACAUAAUUGGCAACCAGAUCUCCACCUUCUUCAAGAACAAGACCACAGUGCACCUGCCAGGGGUGCUGGCUGAGCGCCCAGACUUCUUUGCCCUGAUCUUGAUUGGGCUGCUCACUGCACUGCUGGCCUUUGGCGUCAGUGAAUCUGCCAUUGUGAACAAAAUCUUCACGGCAGUGAACCUGGUGGUGCUGAUCUUUGUCAUCAUUGCUGGCUUUGUGAAAGGAGACAUCAAGAACUGGCAGCUCUCAGAGGAGGACUACAUGAACUGCUCAGACCUGGACCUGCUGGAUGGCACCAGGAAAACCAACUUUGGCUCUGGUGGGUUUGUUCCCUUUGGACUGGAAGGGAUCCUGACUGGUGCUGCCACCUGUUUCUAUGCCUUUGUGGGCUUUGACUGCAUCGCCACCACAGGGGAGGAAGCCAGAAACCCACAGCGCUCUAUCCCCAUUGGUAUCAUUGUGUCCCUCCUCAUCUGCUUCAUGGCUUAUUUUGGGGUCUCUGCGGCCCUAACCCUCAUGGUACCCUACUUCCUCCUCAACAAGGAGAGCCCACUGCCUGAGGCUUUUAAGGCUGUGGGCUGGGAGCCUGCCCGCUAUGCUGUUGCUGUUGGAUCGCUCUGUGCUCUCUCCACCAGCUUGCUGGGCUCCAUGUUCCCUAUGCCCCGUGUGAUCUAUGCCAUGGCGGAUGAUGGGCUGCUCUUCAAGUUCCUCUCCAACAUUAACAGCCGCACAAAAACCCCCCUGUCAGCCACCGUUGCUUCGGGUCUUCUUGCAGCCAUGAUGGCCUUCCUGCUUGACCUGAAGGACCUGGUGGAUCUCAUGUCUAUCGGCACACUGCUGGCCUACUCCCUGGUAGCAGUGUGUGUGCUUAUCCUUCGGUACCAGUUUGGACAGCUGAACUCCCCAAAGGCCAUGGAAAUGCUGGAGCUGUAUGGGAAAGAGGAGGAGAGGAUGAUCAUUAACCCAGCCAGUGCCCAGCAGAAAGAGACACUAUCUCUGGUGACUCUCUUCAACCCACCCGUGCGCACACCCACCACGCUCUCGGGACGCAUUGUUUACAUCUGCGUCUCAGUCAUUGCCACACUGAUCACAGUCAUCUGCGUGGUCCUGACCCUCGAGGUGACUGCACUGAAAGAUGCCAGCAUGGGCUGGAUUGUGGCCCUGGUCCUGCUCCUUGUGGCUCUGCUCAUUCCCACCAUCAUCGUUUGGAGGCAGCCACAGAGCAAUGUGCAGCUGAACUUCAAAGUACCUUUCCUCCCACUCCUUCCCAUCUUCAGCAUCUUCAUUAAUGUUCUGCUCAUGGUACAGCUGAGUGCUGGCACUUGGGUGCGUUUUGCUGUCUGGAUGGCUGUGGGUUUCAUAAUUUACUUUGGCUAUGGGAUCCGGAACAGCGUGGAAGGGAGAAACAUGGAGGAGCCUUGUGCAACAGUAGAAAAGCCUCUGCACCACCCUGGACCAGACCUCAGCCCCAGGGCUGCUGUAGUCUGAGGGACGAGGCACCAGCACUCCAUGGACCUCUGCCAGCAUUCCUACUCAGGGGACAAAAUCAUGAUUCACAUGAUGCAUCCAACCUGUCUCCCACAGGGAGUGAGUCCCAGAGUCAGGACCAUGGAGCUGGGUCUCGUGUUGCCCUUUCCCCUCACAAAGCAGAGGUCAGGGAGACAAAUCCCUGGGUUGGGUGGGAGUGCUGGCUCAUCCAAUGCCUUUGAGGGGCAAUGAUACUGGCAUUGCCCUCCCACCAUGGAAACUGCUGUCAGAAAUGCUGCUUUUCCUGAGCAUAGGAAGCCCCACAUGAUGGUCCAGUUGUAUUUGUUCUGUCUGUCCAUGUAGCUGUGGUCACCAUCGCGUCUCUCUGCUUUCUAAGUGCUGGGUGUGUACGUGACAGCCAUGGCUGGAGUUGUGAGUUGUGUGAUGAUGCUUGAGCAGCUCAGUCUGGUGCCAUCAGCAGUCUGGUGCUUCAGGUUAAGUCUCUUGGUGCAUCCCACUCUGAUCCCCGUGCUACCCCAGCCAUGCUGCUUGCUAUGUGCUUGGGUGUCUGUGAAGAUAUUCACAGUGUAUCUGUACCAAUGUCCAACCGUGGAUGCCUUUGUAUUAUUGGUGUUUUGGUGUUGACUUUUAUACCUAUUAAAUUAAAAUUAAAGACUUCUGAAGG